GGAGGGGGAGCUUCCGGGGCGGGAGCUUCCGGUGCGGGCCGGGGGUCGGGGCUCGAGCUCUGCUCUCUUCACUUCUUCCAUGUCCGGGAACAUGGACUUUAACGUGAAAAAACUCGCGGCCGAUGCCGGCACUUUCCUCAGCCGCGCAGUUCAGUUUACAGAGGAGAAGUUUGGUCAAGCUGAAAAGACAGAGUUGGAUGCACACCUCGAAAAUCUACUCAGCAAAGGGGAAGACACCAAACAGUGGACUGAGAAAAUAAUGAAACAAACAGAAGUUUUGUUGCAGCCAAACCCAAAUACUAGAAUAGAAGAAUAUGUGUAUGAGAAACUGGAUCGAAAAGCACCGCCUCGAAUGAAUAACCAUGAACUAUUGGGACAGUAUAUGAUUGAUGCUGGAAAUGAUUUUGGUCCUGGAACCGCAUAUGGCAACUCUCUUAUUAAAUGCGGAGAAACUGAAAAGCGAAUUGGUGUAGCAGAGAGAGAACUUGUACAAACAUCAGCUAUCAGCUUUUUGACGCCCCUUAGGAACUUCCUGGAGGGAGACUACAGAACAAUUUCUAAAGAACGCAGGCUCCUGCAGAUUAAAAGAUUGGAUUUAGAUGCAGCAAAAGCAAGAGUGAAGAAGGCAAAGGUAGCAGAUGCUCGAUCAACACAACUAAACACUUCUCAAGUUGAAGGAGACAGCUUUAUGCUAUGGGCACAAGAGUUGGAAACAGCUGAAGGGGAAAUGCGAUUCACACAGAGUGAGUUUGACCGCCAAGCAGAGAUCACAAGACUUUUACUUGAAGGAAUCAGCAGUACACAUGCCCAUCACCUUCGCUGUCUGAAUGACUUUGUUGAAGCUCAGAUGACCUACUAUGCACAAUGUUACCAGUAUAUGGUUGAUUUACAAAAACAACUGGGAAGUUUUCCAACUACGUUUUCUUCCAACAACAAUCAGACAUCCUCAGCUCCACUUCUACCUGUAAAUGUGCCCUCUUUUCCUGUAUCUUCAUUACCAACAGCAACUGGUUCAGUGGGUACAGCCAGUUUCAGUGAAUAUAAAGUGCCACCUAGUGGCACCAGAAAGGCUCGGGUUCUCUAUGAUUAUGAUGCUGCAGAUAGUAGUGAAUUGUCACUUCUAGCAGAUGAGGUAAUAACAGUUUACAGUCUGCCAGGAAUGGAUUCUGAUUGGUUGAUGGGUGAAAGAGGAAAUCAGAGAGGAAAAGUCCCUAUUACAUAUUUGGAACUGCUUAACUGAGCUGAUGCCUAUUUGAGCCAUUAGUAUGGUUGUAAUUGCAAUAUAUUUAAAUGCAGCUAACUUUGUAUAAAUCAAUUUAUGAGUGUCUUCCUCACAGUUGUCUUAUAAAGAGUUCCAGUCGCUGAAACUGAUCCCCACUAUCUUAACCGUGGCACAACUGUUGCAUGUUAAAUACUCAUUUCAUUAAAAAGAAUAUACAAGUCUUUGCUUUUCAAACGUUAAUUCUCUUGUGCCAUGAAUAUUAUUUGCUACAAGAUUUCUGCUUUAGAUUUCUCCUCUAUUUAAUAUUUCAUUCACUAAAGCAUAAACUUGCGCACUGUAGUAGUUGGAAAUGUAUUUCUUUAUUAAACAACUUGGAUAUAA